AUUAGGCCGCUUCCUUGACAACUUAAUUAUUUUGGAAGAAAACUAAGUCAAAUACUUCUAAAAGCUAAGUGGUUUAUUCAACAUCAAGAAAUGACCAAAACUCGUUUAUAGCAAUGAAGAACAAACCCUUAUUCCAUUUUAUAACUGCCAAACCUUUUCAAAUACUUUCAAAUACACUUUCCAUUUCAUUACCACAACUAUUAAUCAUAUUACAAAACCCUCAAAAAAACACAAAACACCUCAAAUUAUCAACAUGAAAUUACCUUCUACUACUACAACAACAACAAAGCACAACAACAAUGGCAAAAGAUUCAUCAUAUCUUCUUUAUUCUUCAUCUUAUUUCUUUGUACCUUAGCUUCCAUCAAUGAAAUAAGAUUUGAUCACUUAUUAAAUCUUAGCAAAUGUGCUUUUUCUAGAACACCCUCUCUUCUUGCUAACUCGUCCUUAGAUUAUUCAUCAUCACCCCUUAAUACGUUAAGAACAAUCAAAUCGUCUUCUUCUUCUUCUCCUUCUCCUUCAUCGAAUGAUGAUGACAUUCGGAUUCUCGUCGGGAUAUUAACGUUGCCGGAUCAAUACCACAAGCGCCACUUCCUAAGGAUGAUCUACGGUACACAAUCUCCGGAGGGAGCAAAGAUAGAUUUGAAGUUUGUGUUUUGCAACCUUACAAAAGAAGAUCAAAAAGUACUAGUUGCCCUAGAGAUUAUGCGUCAUGAUGAUAUUAUUAUCCUUGAUUGUAAGGAAAAUAUGAAUAAGGGUAAGACGUAUACUUAUUUUUCUAGCUUACCUAAACUAUUUAACAACAAUGAUGGACCUAAUCCUCCUUAUCAUUAUGUCUUAAAAGCCGAUGAUGACACUUAUUUUAGGUUGGAAAAUCUAGUUAAGUCAUUAAGGCCGUUACCUAGGGAAGACUUGUACUAUGGUUACGUUAUACCGUGCCCUAGUAUGGACCCUUUUAAACAUUAUAUGUCCGGUAUGGGAUACUUAGUUUCAUGGGAUUUGGUAGAAUGGAUUGCGGAAUCAGAUAUUCCUAAGUCUCAUUUGGAGGGUCCAGAGGAUAAAGUAUUUGGAGAUUGGAUCCGAAAUGGGCACCGUGGUAAGAACCGGUUUAAUGCUAAAUGGUCCAUGUACAAUUAUCCGGAUCCACCUACAGGAUGUACCCAUGAAUUGUGGCCGGAUACAAUUGCUGUUCAUCUUUUGAAAACACAAGAGAAGUGGGUCAAGACAUUGGAAUAUUUCAAUGUUACCAAGAAUCUUAAGCCAUCAAAAUUGUAUCAUAUAUCUUAAGGUCAAUUUUUUUAUAAUAGUAGUAGUAUAUGGUUUUGGUCAUUCUUUUUAUUAUUGCCCAUUUGUUGAUGUAGUAAUCUUUUGAGUAUAUUAUUAUACUUACUAAUAAACAAAAGCUCAUUAUUUUGGCCGCUCACGAUGAAUG